GACCCUCCUGAGCUUAAUAAAGUUCUCCCAUCUUUGGCUGAGAUUAAGGCAGUAACCAGACCUUCAAAACAUGUUGAUCUCCCAAUUGAUGUUUUGUUACUGACAGUGAAGGAUUGUGAGUUUUUAACUUGUUACAGUGAGCUAAGAAACCCGUAUAGAUGUUAUUUUGAUGAUCUUGGUUAUGUGUACUUUUCUGACGUGAGUGAAAGUCAAGAGCAAGUUAAAAUUGCAUUGUUAAGAUGUUACAAAAGUGGUCCUGGUGGUUCUCUUGUCUCUGUAAAGAAUGCUGCCACUGUGCUAAGACCUAAAGCAGUUAUAUCUGUUGGUACAUGUAGUGGUCUUCACCCUGAGAAAUCCAAGUUAGGAGAUGUUGUUGUUUCUGCCAAAUUAGCAACAUAUGCAUCAAAAGUGGUGAUCAAUAGUCAAGAGCAGUCAACUGGCAUGAGGAGUUAUGUGAGCAAACGCUUCCUGGGUGUCAUUAAGAAUUGUGCUGAUGGCUGGCAAGCACCUUUGAAGAACCUGGCUGAUGCUCAACAAGUUCAAGUUCAUACUGCUGCUGAGUUUCUGAGUGGACCAGAACAAGUCAUUUCGGAACAGCGACGUGAUCAACUUGCUGAAGCCAAUCCUCAGGCAAUAGCAAUUGAAAAUGAAGGAGAA